GGCUGGUCUUACCCACAGCUCCAGGGGCAGCAUUCCGGGCAAAGGAGAACUGCUUCUUCUGGCUCUCAAACACCUUACAUGGCGAGAGAACUGGUGGGAAUCGUAAACAGAGGACAGGGGAGCGUCCCAGGCAACACCAUCACCAUUGCCGAUCCUUUGCCAAGGACAGAAGUGGGAAGGACAAAGGGGAACCAGACCAUGUCAUCCUCUCUUGCCAACCCGUUCCCACUUUCUUGCUAGAGAUAGUCACUGAAAGGUAGAAGGAAAUUCGAAUAAGCAAAAGUCUUGAAGAUAUCAGAGCACGCGGUGGGGCAGGGAGGUAAGGAGGAGGACCAGAAGGAAUAGGUACUGCUGCCAAGUUGUCAAUCACUUAUGCACUCAAGAAUGCUAAGUUUCUUUGUGUGACCAGUUUUACCUCCAGAUUCCCGUAAAGCACCUGAUCCGAUCUGUUAUCUAACCACAAGGGCAGCGUGCCUUUCCUGUUCUUACUCUCUAAAGGGAACACUAGCCUGGGACUGAGGUGCUGACCACCACGCUGAGUGGACCAUCCCAAGAAAUCCGGAGCCUCUGACUGGGAACUUCCACACACAGGGCAAGCAGCUUCCAGCAUCACCGACAGCCAUAAUGAAGGUUCUGAUCCCGUCCCUCCUUCUGCUGCUGCCACUCAUGCUGACGUCCAUGGUCUCUAGCAGCCAGAAUCCAGGGGUCGCCAGGGGCAACAGGAACCAACACCAGGCUUCCGGGCGGCAGCUCGUGGAAGGCAGUGGAGAUUGUGAGUGCAAAGAUUGGUUUCUGAGAGCCUCUAAGAGAAAACUCAUGACAGUGCCCAGGCUGCCAAAGAAGCGAUGUCCCUGCGAUCAUUCUACGGUCAAUGUGAAGAAAACCAGACACCAAAGGCACCACAGGAAGUCAAACAAGCCCUCCAGAGCCUGCCAACAAUUUCUCAAACGAUGUCAACUAGAAAGCUUUGCUUUGCCCUUGUAGGAGCUCUGAGAGCUUUCUCUCCCCAUUAAAAUUCUCAGCCAAAAAGGCAGUGGGCACAAGAGCAUGUUCUUAUUCUCCCCACUCCCUGCCCCGCCCCAAGUCACUCCAUUCUCCCCACUCCCUGCCCCGCCCCCAAGUCACUCCAGUCCUAUCAAAUGGCGUUUUUUCCAACAUCAUACUGAUUACGGACCGCUCCCUCUAGUACCACCUUCUCUUGCCAGUCUUUUCCUGUGUCCUCCCUUACCUGGGCUUCGGCUUAACUAUGUGAAAGAAUCUAGAAACCCCACUCUCCUGGCUGGUCUCACUUGACCUUAAAUAUGACAGUAAGUAGCAAAUAGAAAUCAAUAAAUGUUUUUAAAUGUAA